UUACAUGUGAAUCUGUCCACGAGAUAUUACCGCUAAACUGAUAGCGAGGUCGGAUGCUUUUAAACUCCAACCCAUUUAUAGAUAAGAACCAUAACAAAACGUUGCAUGCCGGGAGUUAUGUUAGACGACGACAGUGUCCAGCUGUCAAAGUAGUUAGUGCCGUGGUGGUGACCAAAGCUGUGAUCAUGGCGCUGACCCGCCUAGAACGGGCCCAGGCAUGGAUUCUGAGUGCGUGCAUGGGCGUGCUCUUUGCGCUCUUUCGGCUCCUCGCUCCGCGGCUGUCCGGUGGAUUCACCAAACUUCAACCGGUCACCAACCCCCUGCUAAUGAUGUCUGCGAUGCAGCUCGCGCAAAGGAUUCGUCGGAGAGAGGUCCGUAGGCUACCCCGUACCUGGUUAUAUGUUCUCAUCUAUUUUACCCGAGAGACUACUUUUCCGUGGUGUCUAUUUGCGUAGGCCUAUAUGGUGCAGCCAAUGGUAAAAGUAUUGAGUGAGCUAUCUUCAUUUAUCCACCAUAUUUGGACAGGGUUCUGCAACGGCUUGGUAAAGAGUGAGUAGCCUAUUUGCUGCAUGAUAGGCUACUGCGUUGCUCUUUGGGAGCAGUAGUCCAGUUGGGCUGUGACUGCACUCAGCACCUGUCCAUUACCUAAAGGCGCUACAUGGUCAAUCUGAGGCCUGCAUUGGCCGUGCAGCUUUUACGGUGAUAUGGCCUCUUCAGAAGUCAGGGCAUUCAUACUUUUUGUGCUUCGUCGAGCAGCGCAGAUCUGUUGUGAAGGAAGUUGUCAAUUAAGUGAGUUUGUGUUUAUACAACCAAUAAUGUCAAUGCGGAGCUAUACAGAGCCCUCCACAUUGUUACGAAAUUUGAGAGGCGCACAGCUAUGCAGUACAGAGCCCAAUUUGGCCUCUGCGUGCCUCAGGAGGCUCCGCAUAGGGGCACACCAUCCAUAUGGCGACUCAGACCACAUUUUCAGAUCAAGCAUAAAUUGGUUCUUAGGCUACUGUAGCCUAGUGCUGUGCUCUCCAUAUUAAAAAGGGUUGAGGUCAAUUCCAUUCCAAUUGUCAAUUCAGGAAGUUUAGGACUACACACAUUCCAAUACUCUUCAAUGCUUUUCAAUGAGGAAAAGUGUUGAAUUGGAAAUUGGUUUACUCUGAAUUGACUGGACUUGAAAUGGAGUUGAUGCACACACACAGGCACACUACUGUCUAUACUGUAUGUUGGUUGGUGCAGGUGUCGAGUGUGGAGGUGGUGCAGGCCUACAUUGACAGGAUUCAGGAGGUGAACCCGCUGCUUAAUGCUAUGGUGCAGGACAGGCAAGUACAAGUCCUCCAGGACUAGACUGGUUAAUUGUCAUAUGUUUACAAAUCUCAUGUUGCUGUCUCACCAUACUUCCACUACGUUCUGACACAAAACCAAACUUGUAUUUCUUUCUUUCUUUCCCUCCAGGUUUGCAGCAGCGUUGCUAGAGGCAGCUCAGGUGGACAAGCUGAUUGAGGAGGAGACCGGGGGAGAGGAUGUUCUGGAGGAUAGACUUCCUCUGCUGGGGGUCCCCCUCACUGUCAAAGAGGCCUUCGCUCUACAGGGUAGGACUACACAUAAAUAAUAAUAAUAAUAAUAUGCCAUUUAGCAGAUGCUUUUAUCCAAAGCGACUUACAGUCAUGCGUGCAUACAUUUUUGAGUAUGGAAUAGUUCACCUAGACCAGCCUUUUUCAAACCUCUCCUCUGGGACCGCCCAGCUGUUUCAUCUAUUUGAACUAUUCCAGAACUAGCACACCUGAUUCAACUUGUCAACUAAUCAAGACCUUGACUAGGUGAAUCAGGUGAGCUAGUUCAGGGCUACAACAAAAUUGUGAAACGUCUGGGGGUCCUCGAGGAGAGGUUUGAAAAUGGCUGACCUAGACCCUCUCCCAUACUCUCCCACACUGUGUACUACUCUUGUAGUUGUGUACCCUGCAGUGAGGCUGGGUGAGUGUGUAGACCUACCCUAUAGGUGAGUGUUUUCCCAUCCUGGUCCUGGGGACCCAAAGCCCUAGCACUAACACACUUGAUUCCACUUAUCACUUCAUCACCAAGCCUUAAUUAGUGAUUCAGGCCUGUUAGUACUAGGGCAAAAUUAAAAAAGGAUACCGCUUUGGGUCUCCCGGACCAGGAUUGGGACACACUGCUAUAGGUAGACCAAUCCUACACACAUAGACACACACCCAGACCCUCUCCUAUAGUCCUAUGGUCUCACCACAACAGCACUCAUCCAUCAACAACUUUCCCUCUGCCUCUUUUCCAUCAAAUACACAUUACAUUGUUUGAUGAUAUUCCCACUAGAUACGCAUCAGUGAAGUUCAUCUGUCCCUAUUCAAAUAUAUACUUUCCUGAAUAUCUGUAAUAUCUGCCAGCUUAGCGCACAAACAUAACAGACCCAAGCCAUUGCACUCUCCUAGUUUACAGUUCCACCUGUAUGUUCAUCUUCUCCCCACCCUUUCCUCUGUCCUCCAGGCAUGCCUAACACCGCAGGCGUGGUUUCCCGGCGUGGGGUCCUUUCAGUGGGGGACGCCCCUCCCGUGGCCCUGUUGAAGAGGGCCGGGGCCAUCCCCCUAGGGGUCACCAACUCAAGCGAGCUCUGCAUGUGGUGUGAGUCCCACAACCACCUAUACGGCAUUUGCAACAACCCGUAUGACCUGGAGAGGACACCAGGCGGCAGCUCAGGUGUGGUAUUUUAGGGUUUACAAGGUGUUAUAAAAUGGUAAUAACAUUGUAAUAACAUGGGAUAGUAUGUGUUAUAACAGUAUUACAGCUGUGCUGAUGUAAUGACAACACAGGUAGAUGUCCAUAACAAUAGGACUGCUAUUACUUGUUAAUUACUUGUUAUAUCAAGCUACCUCACGCUACAGAACCAGAAAAUAAGCUCCUGCCCCUAUGGGCCUUUCUGGCUCGGACAAGCCUUACUUACAUUCUCUAUCUCAGUCUUUCUACUCCCCUCCUCCUUUCCUGUCGUCUCCAGGUGGAGAGGGUAGUAUACUUGGGAGUGGAGCAUCAGUGAUCGGGAUAGGUUCUGACAUCGGUGGAAGUAUCCGUAUGCCGUGCUUCUUCAAUGGCAUUUUUGGCCAUAAAACCACACCAGGUAAGUAAAUAGUACCCCUUGUGUUGGUGUAUAUGUAGGUGCUAGUGCGUGUGUGUGCCAUUGACCAUGUUAUCCUGUGUUAUUUGUAGGUGUAAUAUCUAAUGAUUGUCAGUACCCCCCUGCCUCUGGUCGUCAUGAGGACUACCUCAGUACUGGCCCCAUGUGUCGCUAUGCUGAGGACCUUCUGCCCAUGCUCAGGAUCAUGGCUGGACCCAACGCUCACAAGUACACAACCAAUCACAACCCUAACACAUGACAACCAAUCACAACCCUAACACAUGACAACCAAUCACAACCAAAACACACAAGUACACAACUACAUCCAUAACACACCAAAACACCCUGUAACACACCAACAACCACCACCCUAACACACAUGAACAGUCAACACAGUGUUCGUAGUAACACAACAAGUACACAACCCAUCACACCUUUAACAGACUAAAACACCCAACACUGUAUUCUCAGUAAAGGCUUCAACACAUCUAACUAGAAACAACUUACUACCAAUGGUACAUGGGUAGUUUUUAUAGACAUACAAAAAUGCAAAUAAGUUUAAUGUCCACACAACUACGUUUUGUGAAGUUACACUAUAUAUACAAAAGUAUGUGGACAUCCCUUCAAAUGAGUUGCUGACAGGUGUAUAAAAUCGAGCACACCGCCAUGCAAUCUCCAUAGACAAACAUUGGCAGUAGAAUGGCCUUACUGAAGAGCUCAGUGACUUUCAACGUGGCACUGUCAUGGGAUGCCACCUUUCCAACAAGUCAGUUUGUCAAAUUUCUGCCCCGCUAGAGCUGCCCCGGUCAACUGUAAGUGCUGUUAUUGUGAAGUGGAAAUGUCUAGGAGCAACAACGGCUCAGCCGCAAAGUGGUAGGCCACACAAGCUCACAGAAAGGGACCGACGAGUGCUGAAGCGCGUAAAAAUCGUCUGUCCUUGGUUGCAACACUCACUACCGAGUUCCAAACUGCCCCUGGAAGCAACGUCAGCACAAUAAAUGUUCGUCGGGAGCUUCAUGAAAUGGGUUUCCAUGGCCGAGCAGCCGCACACAAGUCUAAGAUCACCAUGCGCAAUGCCAAGCGUCGGCUGGAGUGGUGUAAAUUCGCCGCCAUUGGACUCUGGAGCAGUAGAAACGUGUUCUCUGGAGUGAUGAAUCACGCUUCACCAUCUGGCAGUCCGACAGACGAAUCUGGGUUUGGCGGAUGCCAGGAGAACGCUACCUGCCCCAAUGCAUAGUGCCAACUGUAAAGUUUGGUGGAGGAAUAAUGGUCUGGGGCUGUUUUUCAUGGUUCGGGCUAGGCCCCUUAGUUCCAGUGAAGGGAAAUCUUAACGCUACAUCAUGCAAUGACAAUCUAGACGAUUCUGUGCUUCCAACUUUAUGGCAACAGUUUGGGGCCCUUUCCUGUUUCAGCAUGACAAUGCCCCCGUGCACAAAGCGAGGUCCAAACAGAAAUGGUUUGUCGAGGUCUGUGUGGAAGAACUUGACUCGCCUUCACAGAUCCCUGACCUCAACCCCAUCGAACACCUUUGGGAUAAAUUGGAAAGCCGACUGCGAGACAGGCCUAAUCGCCCAACAUCAGUGCCCGACCUCCCUAAUGCAAGUCCCCGCAGCAAUGUUCCAGCAUCUAGUGGAAAGCCUUCCCAGAAGAGUGGAGGCUGUUAGAGCAGCAAUGGGGGGACCAACUUCAUAUUAAUGCCUCUGAUUUUGGAAUGAGAUGUUCGACGAACAGGUGUCCACAUACUUUAGGUAAUUUAGCGUACAUCAAAACCAUGACAUUUUGAGCACGUUUAACUGUCCUAACUCUCCAUGUCUCUGUACAGAUUGUCUUUGUCCAUUGAGGUGAAUCUGUGGAACCUGCGUUUCUUCUCUAUCCCUCACGAUGGUGGCUCUCCUCUAGUGAGUGCUGUAGACGAACAACUCCUUCAAGUCCAGAGGAGGGUGAGCAGAAUGCCUCAUAGACCCACAACACACGCGCAAAUGUAGAUUCACAAAGACAUAUCUGUAUUUCUACCAGGUGGUGGAGCGGCUGGAGGCUGACCUAGGGGUCAAGGUUCAGGAGGUGCAUCUCUCUGGGCUCAAAUAUGGCUUCCAGAUCUGGGAUACGUACAUGGGGCUCCCCGACAAGGAGGGCAAGGUGGGUCAACUGCUGCUGCAUCCAAAUAGCACACUAUUCCUUACAUGGUGCACUACUUUUGACCAUGGCCCAUAGGGUUUGUGUGUGUGUGCGUCUCCUUCAUUAGGUUUAUGGGGUAUUAUGAGGCCUCACUAAUACAGCCAUUCUAACUAUACUGAACAAAAAUAUUAACGCAACAAUUUCAAAGAUUUUACUGAGUUAAAGUUCAUAUAAGGAAAUCAGUCAAUUGAAAUAAAUUCCUUAGACCCUAAUCUAUGGAUUUCACAUGACUGGGAAUACAGAUAUGCAUCUGUUGUUCACAGAUACCCAAAAUAAUAAAGGUAGGGGAUCUUUUAUUUCAGCUCAUGAAACAUGGGACCAACACUUUACAUGUUUCGUUUAUAUUUUUGUUCAGUGUGGAUACGUGUGUGUAUGUGUUUCUCACAGCCCCCCACACCCUUCCAAGUGCUGAUGGGGGAACCAGGGAGGCCGGUGUGGCCAGUGUGGGAGCUGGCCAAGUGGAUGAUGGGAAGGUCCCCUCACACCAUGGCUGCUAUUGGUAACAACAGAGACACACAUUCACAAUCCUGUCUAGUAAUAGUUAUUUCGGGUCUAGGGAUUUGUUUAAGUGGUGCCAGUCAUCUGAGUGACCUUGUAAACCUAUCUAUAGUCCCAGAAAGGGUGUAUUCUAGUAAUCAGAGAGCUAUAGUGGCGCUUUGAUCAAUUGAUUCAGAGUCAACUGUUACUAUCUGGUAUCUUUAGUAUCAAGGUCCACUCUUGUCAUGAUGAUAUAGGUCAGGGAUGGGUAACUGGCAGCCCAUGCCCCCCUUUUGUAGGCCCGCGGAUCAAGUUGACCCAAAAAAACUCAGUCGUGGUCUCAACUUACUGUUGUGAGUUAGAAUAAUAGAAUACACAAGGUGCAAUUAAAAAAUGUGGAUGUGCAUCAGCAGUCACUCAAUUAGCCCAUGUCAGCAAAAUGGUUUUAGAUUGGUAAGUUAGUCUAGCGGCCAGCUAUUUAAACUUGUACAGUCGUGGUCAAAAGUUUUGAGAAUGACACAAGUAAUGGUCUUCACAAAGUUUGCUGCUUCAGUGUUUUUUAGAUAUUUUUGUCAGAUGUUACUAUGGUAUACUGAAGUAUAAUUACAAGCAUUCCAUAAGUGUCAAAGGCUUUUAUUGACAAUUACAUUAAGUUUAUGCAAAGAGUCAAUAUUUGCAGUGUUGACCCUUCUUUUUCAAGACCUCUGCAAUCCGCCCUGGCAUGGUGUCAAUUAACGUCUGGGCCACAUCCUGACUGAUGGCAGCCCAUUCUUGCAUAAUCAAUGCUUUGAGUUUGUCUGAAUUUGUGGGGUUUUGUUUGUCCACCCGCCUCUUGAGGAUUGACCAGAAGUUCUCAAUGGGAUUAAGGUCUGGGGAGUUUCCUGGCCAUGGACCCAACAUUUCGAUGUUUUGUUCCCCGAGCCACUUAGUUAUCACUUUUGCCUUAUGGCAAUGUGCUCCAUCAUGCUGGAAGAGGCAUUGUUCGUCACCAAACUGUUCUUGGAUGGUUGGGAGAAGUUGCUCUCGGAGGAUGUGUUGGUACCAUUCUUUAUUCAUGGCUGUGUUCUAAGGCAAAAUUGUGAGUGAGCCCACUCCCUUGGCAUGACACAGGACUGAUGGUAGCGCUCACCUUGUCUGCUCCGGACAAGCUUUUUUCCGGAUGGCCCAAACAAUCGGAAAGGGGAUUCAUCAGAGAAACUGACUUUACCCCAGUCCUCAGCAGUCCAAUCCCUGUACCUUUUGCAGAAUAUCAGUCUGUCCCUGAUGUUUUUCCUGGAGAGAAGUGGCUUCCUCGCUGCCCUUCUUGACACCAGGCCAUCCUCCAAAAGUCUUCGCCUCACUGUGUGUGCAGAUGCACUCACACCUGCCUGCUGCCAUUACUGAGCAAGCUCUGCACUGGUGGUGCCCCGAUCCCGCACCUGAAUCAACUUUAGGAGACGGUCCUGGUGCUUGCUGGACUUUCUGGGGCGCCCUGAAGCCUUCUUCACAACAAUUGAACCUCUCUCCUUGAAGUUCUUGAUGAUCCGAUAAAUGGUUGAUUUAGGUGCAAUCUUACUAGCAGCAAUAUCCUUGCCCGUGAAGCCCUUUUUGUGCAAAGCAAUGAUGACGGCACGUGUUUCCUUGCAGGUAACCAUGGUUAACAGAGGAAGAACAAUGAUUUCAAGCACCACCCUCCUUUUAAAACUUCCAGUCUGUUAUUCUAUCUCAAUCAGCAUGACAGAGUGAUCUCCAUCCUUGUCCUCGUCAACACUCCCCUGUGUUAACGAGAUAAUCACUGACAUGAUGGCAGCUGGUCCUUUUGUGGCAGGGCUGAAAUGCAGUGGAAAUGUUUUUGGGGGAUUAAGUUCAUUUUCAUGGCAAAGAGGGACUUUGAAAUUAAUUGCAAUUCUUCUGAUCACUCUUCAUAACAUUCUGGAGUAUUUUCCAGCAUGAUGGAGCACCUUGCCAUAAGGCUCGGGGAACAAAACAUCAACAUUUUGGGUCCAUGGCCAGGAAACUCCCCAGACCUUAAUCCCAUUGAGAACUUGUGGUCAAUCCUCAAGAGGCGGGUGGACAAACAAAACCCCACAAAUUCUGACAAACUCCAAGCAGAUUAUGCAAGAAUGGGCUGCCAUCAGUCAGGAUGUGGCCCAGAAGUUAAUUGACAGCAUGCCAGGGCGGAUUGCAGAGGCCUUGAAAAAGAAAUAUUGACUUUGCAUAAACUUAAUGUAAUUGUCAAUAAAAGCCUUUGACACUUAUGGAAUGCUUGUAAAAAUUUAAAUGUAAUUAUACUUCAGUAUACCAUAGUAACAUCUGACAAACAUUUCUAAAAACACUGAAGCAGCAAACUUUGUGAAGACCAAUACUUGUGUCAUUCUCAAAACUUUUGACCACGACUGUACAUCAAUCUGAUGUGUUAUCUCUGGAAUCAUGGUCAUUCUGUUGCUCUGGUGCGUGUUCAUGUGUGUUCCAGGUCUGGCCCUGGUAGAGAUGACCAGCUCAUCCAAGCCCUCUCCCUUCAUCGUGAAGCAGAAAGAGAAGCUCCAGAAGGAGAUUGAGGAGCUGUUGGGUACAGACGGGGUUCUCCUGUACCCCACCCACCCUCGCCUCGCCCCCAAACACCACCACCCCCUCUUUACACCCUUCAACUUCGCCUACACAGGUGAGAGAUAGUCUGGAAACCAAUAUCUAAUAAUAAUAUCAAUGGAGAUAAAUCUAACUAUGAACCAAAUCUUAAUAUAACUUGAGGUAUUCAAACUUUCAGGAAAAUCACGCAUUGAUUCAAUGAUUAGGGCUGUGGUCACAAAUGUGACUGAGAAUGAGUUGUCUGUACACCACAUAACUGAAUGAAUGAAUACAACAUACUUAUUCUCAUUUGCAUCCCUUCCUCUAUCCGUCCAUCCCCAGGGGUCAUCAACAUCCUGGGGCUGCCUGUGACCCAGUGCCCUCUGGGGCUGAGUGUAGAGGGUCUACCCCUGGGGGUGCAGGUGGUGACUGGGAAGCUCCAGGACCGCCUGUCCCUGGCCAUGGCCCUCUACCUGGAGAAGACCUUCGGAGGCUGGAGAGACCCUGGAGCCGACUGACCUGGGCCUGUAUCUAUAAAGCAUUGCAGAGUAGGAGUGCUGAUCUACUACGAUCAGUUUGGCCUUUUUAAAUCAUAAUAAACAAGAUUACAUAAACAGGGAGGACCUGAUCCUAGAUCAGCACUCCCAUUCUAAGACGCUUUAUGUACCACUAGGCCAGGUUCAGUAGGCAAAGGUGGUCAAACGUUGCAGAUAGAACUGUCAUGAAUAGAACAGACAUGAUUCCUUAUUUUACAUUGUCAGAGGCAUGUUUGUUCUAUAUAAUAAUAAUAUGCCAUUUAGCAGACGCUUUUAUCCAAAGCGACUUAGUCAUGCGUGCAUACAUUUUUGUGUAUGGGUGGUCCCGGGGAUCGAACCCACUACCUUGGCGUUACAAGCGCCGUGCUCUACCAGCUGAGCUACAGAGGACCACAUAACAUAUUUCUAUCUAAACGUUGUGCCCUGCUGAACGUGCCCCACGCUGGCUCGGAGGGAGGUUGCCCGUAGCCAUUUUUAAUAGGGAAUGGUAGAAUUGGGUGUAGGAUAAUCUGAUCCUAGAUCUGUGGUUAUGGGGAUGAAGUAGGAAGAAUGUCCCUAACUGCUGAUACAGGGGUGUGUUUGUUAUGGGCAAAUUCUAG